AUAUACCCUUAUACUACACUAAAUAUGGCGGCGCCCAAUGGAAAAUAGAAAAACAAUAAGCUUUACUUCAAUAAUUACAUUAUUAUAUAGAAUAUCCAGGAUCUAGAUGAAGAUAAAAUCUUAUCUAGAUCUUUUAGAAUGUAUGAAAAUUCAUUAAUAUAUUAAGAUGUAACAAUGACUACUAAAUCUAGAUCUAUGAACUGCACAAUACCAGGGAUCAGUCUUAAAGUCUUUGGCAGAGCCAUACAGUCUCUUUCUAAAAUUGGUGAUGAACUUUACUUUGAACCUUCAGAAGAUGGUUUAUAUUUAAGAGCAGUGAAUUCCUGUCGAUCAGCUUAUGGAUGUUUCCAGUUUUCUUCUAAGUUUUUUGUCCAUUAUGUCAGUGGAUCAGCUGCAAGAGGAACUGUCAAUGAUGAAGAUGCUCUGCGAUGUAAGAUUGGUAUGAAGUCUAUCAUGACUGUAUUUAGAUCACUAGGAACAAUAGACAAGACAGUUGAAAAAUGUCAGAUCUCUCUCAAUAUGAUUGAUGCAAGGCUGGUUUUCCAAAUGUAUUGUAGACAUGGUAUUAUCAAGACUCAUAACCUUGCCUUUAUAGAGUGUGAAACUCUCCAGGCUGUUCACUCCAAGGACUUGUGCCCCAACAAAUUUACAGCCCCUCCCAAACUACUCUGUGAAGCUGUGGUCAACUUUCAAAACAACCAAGAAGAGAUUACAUUAAUUAUCAGGCCAGACUAUCUGGCACUAAAGAAUUAUGUUGAUGAUGAACCAGAUACCAGUAAAGUGAUGUACACUGAGCUUACACUAUCCCCGAAUGAGUUUGAGAAUUAUCAAGUUGGUGUUGAUUCUGACGUCACAUUUUGUCUCAGGGAAAUGAGAGCAGUAUUGGGAUUUUGUGACUUGACAGGGCUACCACUUACAGUUCAAUUUGAUACUCCUGGAAGGCCAAUCACAUUCUCUGUCACCAGUGAUCCUUCAUUUGAGGCCAACUUUCUUCUGGCCACUUUGGCUGAAACAGAAUCUUCCCAGCAAUCUCAAUACCAGCAUGCAACACAGAAAUCUCAAACAAAUAUAAACAAUGGAAAAAGUGUCACUCCUAAGAAUACAAAAGUUCAAAAUGGAACUGGCCCUUCUAAAAGCACUUUGUCAACAAAUCCAAGAGUUAGUCUCCACCAGCAUCAGCCUUCAUCCUAUUGCCUGCCAGGAUCAUCGCGGGCCAUGCUUGAUGAUGGAGAUGAUAAUGAACUUAGCAGUGUCAUGAUGGACAUUUCUAUUCCAGAAGAUACACUGCCUCUUUCUCAUGACCCACCACAGUCAGCUUCUCAUGCAGGAAGAAAUCUGGCUAGUGGCAAAUCUCUAAGCAGAAGACAUUCUCUACAAAAAGAAGAUGCAGAUGAGAAAGUAAGCAAGGGGGACUUUUCCAGAAGUAACCAUCACAAAUUCAGGUCCCUUACUUCUCAAUCUUUAGAAGACUGUGGAGGAACAAGUCAUAGACUUCCUAAUGCUUUUAAAGAAAAGGAAAUUGACCAUACACAAAGUUUGAACAAUCAGCUUUACAAAUUAGGCGAAUCCAACAUACAAAUUCCAAAUCUGAACAGAAAACAGUUGUCUCUCAAAUCUCGUUGCCUGUCAGAUGAGGAUGUCAGUCCAGUGAUACCUCUUCAAGAUACUCAUACAUUAAAUCCUGAGAGUGAGGAUGAGAAUGAAGAUGAGGUACCAGGUACUCCUCCAAGUAAAAAGUUUCGAGCAGUAUUUUUUGGAACACAGUCAAGUACCCAACCUACACAAUCACAGAGAAGAGUAGAAAUCUUAGCCCCUGAUUCUGACCCAGAAUGAGACAACAAUUGUGAACUUGAAUGAUUUAUAAGAUGCUCAACAUUUUAGGAUGUAACAUCCGAAAAGAAAACAACUUUCGAAAUAAGUCUCCUUAGUACAAUUGUUUCCUUCUCUGAGACUUAGAUCAUCCUGUAAUGUCAAUAUUUUUGUCUUGAACAACUUUGAAUUUUGUAUUAAGUCUAGGCAUGUAAUGAUUAACUCUUUAUUGUUCCAAUAGUUUUUUGUUUUUUUUGUAAUCCACUUUUGUCAGAUACAAAUAUUAAGCUGAGCUAGUGAACAAAAAAAAAAUCUGAAAUGAAACAAUGUCACCAAGACAAUACCAAGCCCUUCUAUUGUAAUCAUGUGUCUUUGUUGGACUUGUAAAUUGUAUCAUAAUUGUAAUUAUUGAAUUUGUUUUACUUGGAAUGUUGGACAUAUUUCAUGCAAAAUAAAUUUAUUUGUUAUUGUUUGAA